GGUGCCUCAAGGGAGAUAACAGCACCAACCUACAGUUAACCCUCCGCUCAAUAUAACAGACGUUAUUUACGGCCAAACGACCUAGUAGUGGUACAGACACAGCCAAGUGAACAACGCAAGCACCGCAAUGACUACCAUCAUAGUGACGAACCCGCAGGUUGGCCCCGACCCAAUGACGAUCACCUGCCCGACCUGCCAUGCAACGGUACGCACGAAAGUGAAGCACGAAUCGACGACGUCCACUCACGCCUGCGCCCUGCUGCUGUGGAUCGUCUGCUGGCCCUGCCUGUGCCUGCCGUACUGCUGCAACUCGUGCCGUGACGCGAAUCACUACUGCCCAAGAUGCAACACGUUCAUUGGCUCGUACAAACAUUGAAGGACAUCAGACACCGGCACGCAGCUACGCAAACUGUGCGUAACUGCGUUCAUCGCGUUUGCUUCACCAACCAGGCAGGCCAGAAGCUGAAAACUGUGAGCUUUUGCUUAAACUUUGGGCUCUUUGUUUCUCGCUUUGAUUAAGAAAAAGUGUCUAUUGUGUUAUUAAGUUCAUUACUGCUUGUGUUGUGCGUAUGAUGUAUAGUACAUCUCAUGUUGUGUUAUUUAUUUGAUAAUGGUGUAAAAUAAAUCAGGGAAUAUUCCAUUAAACACAAA